CAUAACUACUGAAUCUAAAAUCAGUCGAAUCCUCCCUAUUUCAUUGCAUAGAAUCUAGGAUACAUAUAUACAUACAUAGAUAGCCAAACGCAUCACGCAAUUGCGAGCGAACAAAUGUCUUCUCCUCUGACUCAACCUCUUCUAUGCCUAUUCCUGGCUCUCCUCUUCGUCGCCGGAACAUCUUCACCGGCGCGUGCUCCCGAUGAGUUGGAGCGUGUAGGUGGUGGUGGAGGAGAAAAUCAGAGAGAGUUUGAUUAUUUCGCUUUAGCGUUACAAUGGCCUGGUACUUAUUGUCAACGCACGCGUAAAUGUUGUUCCUCUAAUGGUUGCUGCAGAGGCUCCAAUUCUCCGGCAACAAUAUUCACAAUACAUGGACUGUGGCCUGACUAUAAUGAUGGAACUUGGCCGUCAUGUUGCACUAAAUCUAGUUUUGAUCCAAAAGAGAUAUCAACAUUGAAUGAUGCUUUAGAGAAAUAUUGGCCAUCAUUGAGCUGUAGCAAACCAUCAUCAUGCAAUGGUGGAAAAGGUUCAUUUUGGGGUCAUGAGUGGGAGAAGCAUGGCACGUGCUCAUAUCCUGUGUUUGGAAAUGAAUAUGAUUAUUUCUUGACAACACUUAAUCUUUAUUUCAAAUAUAAUGUUACGAGUGUUCUAAAUGAUGCUGGAUAUGUUCCGUCAAACACAGAAAAGUAUCCCCUCGGAGGUAUUAUCUCUGCCAUUGAGAAUGCUUUCCAUGCAUCUCCUCAAAUAAUUUGCUCAAAAGAUUCUGUACAGGAACUUCGUCUAUGCUUCUCUAAGGACUUCAAGCCACGCGAUUGUGCUAUUGCAUCAGAUGCUAAAAUUGACAUGGUUACUUCAAAAUCAUCAUGUCCUAAAUAUGUUAGCUUGCCAGAAUUUGCAUCAACAGGGCAUGAUGGACUUCAGAGUUGGGCGUCUAACAAUUCAGCUCUUUAAGGUUGUGGUAGUGUACUAUUUGUAAAUUUCUGUACUAUGCGAAUAAAACAAAGCCACGAGCAUAGAUUUGUUUGGACAUUGUAUCAUUUAUCAAUUUGGAGACGACAAAUUGGAUUAAGUGAAGAACUAGGCAUAUGCCUGCUAAACUUGGCCGAAAAAAUGAGAGAUGGCUGAAAGUAAGUAUGGGGAAUUGGGAUCGAUCUCAGCUUGCUGCUUUGCUUUGGGGGUUUGAUUGUAUCUUUUUCUUUUGAAAUAUGUUAUACUAUAAGGAUUUGUGGUAAAUGAAUAUCUAUUCCUUUAA